AUGUACGACACUGUAGUCGCUCGUUACUCCUCCCCUGCCACAGCUACACUCGGCCGCCAUAUACUGCCCUACCUUUUUCCCGAGCUGUCAGCCUUUGCCACAGUUGACGGCCUCCUCACCCACCAUCGCACUAGUGACACUCGCUACCGCGCCGCGCUUCCCACCAAGUUUCUAGACAAGAAACCCCCCCCCAUGUACAUCACUCUCUACUUCAUGGUCACCCGCCUCCCUGACUCUCUUAGCGCAGUCAGGGACCUCUUUCUCGCCAUGGACCCCACGUACCUCACUGUCGACCUGCUCGAGAAGCACCUCUUUGCAGCUGAGGCUAACAUAGUCGCUGUAGGUGCUGCUCGUGGCACUCCUCGCACUCCCUUCUUUGAGGGGUGUUCCCCCUCCCCCCUUGCCCCCUCUGUCGCUUCUGCUUCUGCUGUUGACUUCCUUCGUGCUGAGGAGGUCGGGGCUGCGUCUACUCCUACUGGGAGGCGCCGCAGCGGCAAGGGCAAGGGAGGCAAGGGUGGUGGGGGUGGCAGCGGUGGAGGCGGUGGUGGGGGCGGUGGAGGCGGUGGAGGUGGCGGUGGUGGCGGAGGGAGUGGUGGUGGGAGUGGAGGCGUUGGUGGCGGCGGUGGUGGCGGCAGUGGGAGUGGUGGCGGCGGCAGUGGUGGCGGCGGCAGUGGUGGCGGUCGGGGUGGAACCGGUCAGAGGGGAGGAUCUGGCUGUGGUCAGAGGCAGCAGCAGAAGCGUCAGCGUAUAGAGGCUGCUGCUCUAGGUGCUAGUGAGUCUGCUCUCCUUGGUACUGCGCCUGCUGAGGCCUUGCACACCUUCACGCUUGACUCAGGUGCUUCCCGCUGCUUCUUUCGCGACAGUACCACAGUCACACCACUCCCUGCACCUAUUGCAGUCAGACUGGCUGACCCCUCUGAGGGGCCAAUUCUUGCCCCUUCCUCCACUGUUCUCACGUGUCCGGCGGUUCCGUCCGGCUCACUCUCAGGUCUUCACCUCCCCUCAUUCUCUACAAACUUGGUGAGUACCGCUGCCCUCCAGGAUGCGAUGGUCACUACCACCACUCCUGAGGGUUAG